AUGACAUCCGUGGUGCCUUUCGGAAAAGACUUCUUCGAUGGUCGUGCAAUUAGCGCUGCGGAGGUUGACACGGUUUCUGCUGUGAGAAGCAGUUCUGACGAUCGACGCAGGGCCUCGCUCGCCAGCUCGCAGUUGCGGCCGUGGACAAGUCCCUGCAUUCGAGGAAAUGCAUUUCAGUUUGAUCUUUGUCCGAACCACACUUCCCGAAUGAAUCACCGUGCACCUCUUCGGUUCAUGGAUGAGAUGAGAUCUUGUGCGACAGGGCUUCGGAAGUCAGCUACUGGCAUAAAUGGCACUGGAUAUUACCCGCUACAGCUGCGUGAAUGUGGGGAGACAUGGCCAGAGACAGGGCGAAGCAGAUCCAGCUCUUCUAGAAAUGUUGCACGUCAUGGAGCAGGAAAGCAGCAUGGCUGGUUGAGAACUCCUUUCGAGAGCGCUGAGGUAUCCGAGCUUGGUGAAGCAAUGCGGGAAUUGUUCAAUGCCUGCGACACAUCAGAAGAUGGGCAAAUUGAUCUGGCAGAGUAUGUUCAAGCGCAGAUGCACCUAGCUCAAGCAGUUGGAGACGUCUUUGAUAGGCGGGUCGCCACUCAUCGCUUCUAUUCCAUGCAGAAUGCAAGGCUUGGCAGGGUCUCAUUCUCGGGCUUCUUUCGUGCAGAAGUCAAACGGUUGCAGGGGCAUCCAGGCAUCGUGGCCUCUGUUGUGAGCGGCAUUUGCCUUGUUAUUCCUAGCAGUGCUGGCACUGUGCUUUGA